AACUAUAACGGAAGGAAAUGUAAUAUUUGCCUUAUUUUGGCGUCGGAGAAGACCUAUUUCGUAUGACAAUAUUUUAUCAAGCAACUACGAAGUUUGAGAGAUUGUGUAAACGAUUUCAGCCUUUAAAUAAGUGUUAAGGAAAGUGGUAUGAAAUAGAAAAUAGUUCAGCCGCCAGCGCGAGAUUCGCAGCGGCAACGAGCAGAAGCUGUCGUGUCGGUCGUCGUUCAUCGCUUUGUUCAUCUCUUGCUGCCCGGCGUCCCCCCCCGUGCUGGGCAUCACUGGGCAUUCGCUGCGCCUGGAGCUUAUGAGGCCAAGGAGGACGGAUGAUCUAGCAGUGUGACAUCUUUGGUUGUAAGAAUACCCCUGAAGCAGUGAAUAAUGAAGCCAUCUGGAGGACGACCGCAGCCUUAUCUUUGCUUAUGUUGUGGCAAAGCAUUUGCAAAAAACAGUGAUCUAAAGAGGCAUACAAUGAUUCACACUGGGGAGAGACCUUUUGUCUGUGAAACUUGUGGUCUUGGUUUUAUUGAAAAUGCAAAACUUAUUGUUCAUAUGCGGCAUCAUACAGGUGAAAGGCCAUUUGAGUGUAAAGAAUGUGGCAAAAGCUUCAUAAAAAAGAGUGAUUUGAAGAACCAUAGUAAAACCCAUUCUGGGGAGAGAAACUUCAUAUGUGGUGAAUGUGGAAAAGGUUUCCUCAAGAACAGUGAUCUGAAAAGACAUACACGCUUACAUACGGGAUAUAAACCUUUUGUAUGUAUUGUGUGUAACUUGAGUUUUUCAGAGAGUGGGAAGUUAAGGAAACAUUUAAUGGUCCACACUGGAGAAAAGCCAGUUGAGUGCGAGGACUGUGGUAAGAGGUUCACACAAAACUCAGAUCUUCGAAGACAUAUGAGAGUGCAUACAGGAGAGAGACCAUAUCAUUGCUUGCUUUGCAAUCAAAAUUUUAGUCAGAGUCAUACAUACAAGGAGCAUAUGAAGCAGCAUGUGGCUGUGGAGAUGACUGAACCAGAACAAGAGGAUGGGUUUGAUGAUUCUAACCAGAUUAUGCCCUCAGUGAACUUGAUACUAAGCCAGGUAAAUGAUGCAUUACAAAGUCAUGGCGAUAAUGCAUUACAGGGGCAUGAGGCUGCCUUAUUGCAGGCAGAGGGCAAGCCUGGUACAUCUGAUUGUUCUAUGGAUAAAGAUAAUGAUGGUGGUGGAGCAAUUGUACUAAACCCUAAGACAGAAUUAGCUGAGGAAGAAAUGCUUAGCUAUCUAGGAGAAGCGGGUCUUGGGGAUGUGACAGCUGCUGCAACCUCAGGUGUGCCAGUUUAUGUUAAACAAGAAGGGGUGUAAUGAAGACAGGUUAGAAUGUAUUAUUUACAAGUGUAAACUGUGUGAUAAAUAAACACCUUUACUUCAAUCUACAUGAGAAAAAUAUUUGUUAUUGAUAUGCACUGUAUGUUCGUGUACCUGUUAUGAGCAGUAAAGUGUCAUUUGAAGUAUUUUAGGCUUAUAUAUCAACACUGAUGCUAAUAUGAAGACCUAUGAAGGGAUUAUAUAUGUAUGUGUGUGUGUGUGAGUGUGUGUGGAUAGAUGUACUUAUUUCAGGUGAUAAUGAUUUUGCAGAACUUGUACGAGUUGAGAGUUCUCGCACACUAUGAGAAAUAGUGGUGAUAAGAGUAGUAUUCUACCAGAGCACAUCUUGCAUUUGUAUAAAAGUAUUGGCACAGAAUCUGUAAUAUUAAUCUAGAUUUCCAGAAGGCCUGGUGAAUAUUUUGUUCCUCUCCUUUAUUGUGUACCACGUAUAGAGAUUUUUUUCAGACAGUUAAAAGAUUAGUGCAGAGGUUACAAGUAAUAGCUUAUAGGAGUUUAUCACUGGGUCAGACAUGAAAGAUUUGUUAGUUAUAUGUCAGGCAUAUUGUGUUUUUUAAGUCAUCUUCAGUUCUAAGAAUUAGAAUUACAAUUCCAAAGAAAAUGGAUUUGUCAUUUGACUUUGAUUUCAAAACAGAUUUUACUGAAAGAUUAUGUAAUAUGUAUAGUCUAAAACAAAUAUCCUACAAGGAUGCAUAUAGAAGAAGAUUGACAGAUAUUCAGUGUCAUUCAGGACCUUAAUGUAAUUUUGAAUCAUGUUUCACAUACAGAUACUUUGUGUUAAAAAAAUGAAUAACCUAGUAUUUGGAAACAAGCCCACAUAUACAAUAGAAAAUUUACAUUAGAUCAUCAUCUCAUACUGUUACAUGCCUCAGUUAC